AUGUGCUCCCAGAUAGACAACCUAGUGUCAAGCUGUGGAAUCUGUCAAGAAAAGCAAAUGUCAAACACUAAAGAACCGCUCAAACCUCAUGAAAUACCAUCACAACCCUGGCAGAUGAUAGGCACAGAUCUAUUCCAACUAGAAGGCUGCCACUACAUCAUAGCAGUGGAUUACUACAGCAGGUUCUUCGAAGUCACAAGUCUCCAGGACACAACAUCUUACACAGUGAUCCAGAAGCUAAAAGGUUUCUUUGCUCGUCAUGGCAUCCCGGAGGUAGUUAAAUCAGAUAACGACCCCCAGUACAGCUCUGGUGAAUUCAAGAAUUGCUCUAAAGCCUGGAACUUUAACCAUGUCACCUGCAGCCCAGGUUACCCAACAUUCAAUGGCCUGGCAGAGAAAACAGUCCAAACUGCUAAAAGACUAUUCUCCAAGUCCAAACAAGAUAAACAAGCCCCAUACCUAGCACUGUUGGAGUACAGGAACACCCCAAUUGACAACAUAGCAUCACCAGCACAAAAGAGCAUGAGUCGCCGCCUCGCAACCCACAAACAGCUACAGUCCCAGACCACCAAUUGCUCGGAUGCCCAAUAG